AUGGCACCUCUGGGAAUUCGACAGACUCAUUCGCUCUCUCCUGCACCACCUCGCGCCCCCAAAGGACCCUCUUCAUCUCCGGUCAUAGUGACAAAAUCCAUUGACCCCGUAGUUUUUGGUGAGCUUUUUGCGGGCACGGUUGGUAUAUUUGUUCUUGCAAUUCUUUUCUGGAAGAUUGGCAAAUUCAUGCGCUCAUUGACUCGACACAGGGUGUUGAAUGGAGGGAAACCAACAACAGCUCGUUAUGCUAGGACGUGGUACGGCUGGGUUUCGAUAGAAAUUCACGAACGAAACAAAGCGUUUUUCUCCAAGCCAUUUAAGAAAAUCCGAAGUUGGAUGGCUUGGAUAUCAACUCGGACGGACUACCGGUGGAUAUGGUGGGAUCCCAAACAGGAGGCACUGACAGCUCGUCAACGAGACAAGCAACCCUUGCGAUGGCUGCCAGAGGGUCUCACAAGCUAUGAGUUUACUACCGCAAAUGCGAUUUGGAAUCCAGGCUCGCCCAUCGAGUGCCAUGGGGCAUUGCUCAGUAAACCGGUAUCCAAAGUCUCCCAACAGAUGGGAAACCACAGAGUACCCGAAAAGUUCAAUGCUAUCGCCCCCCUUCGUCCCAUCAUAAGGGUCAGGAGCGACAGCAUGCCUCGUUCGAUGGCAGGCGAAAUCGGCAGUGUCAAUCAUUUGAGAUUCAAUAUUGAAAGCUCAGAUGAGCGCUCGGAGGACAUUGUUUGGUCAGAUGCAAGGGUGGUGAGAUGGCCAUCGACCCAAUCUCACGAAGAACAAUCAUCACCGAUCACCAACGAGAUCAUUGGCCCAAAGCAAGAGUCAAGCUAUUGGCUACACCUAGGACUCGAUGGAAGUAUUCCACAAAUAUCACCAUUCCUUGAUGUACCUAGCAGCCAUCCUCACAUGCAAUCAACUGUCCACAAAACUGCUUGGGACCAAAGCUUUCAUACGGUAACACAGCUUAAGACCAACCGACAGCCCAUACAUCGUAUGUGGUCAGCUCAGAUGCAGAUAAAGAGGAGCCAAACAGUAUUGGGUGAGCGGGAUUCAUCGGGUCCACCAGGAACACCUCUGAUGGAAAUGAUGGCCAGUUUGGCCUCAAAUCAAAGUGUGUCUGAAAUUUCUCUGGCCUCUCCAAUCAAGAACAGGAUUUCACGCCCAAAGACUUCAGAUUUGAAGCUUUCUCAGAUCCCCCGACAAGGCAUCAAUAGAGAUCAUGGCUCAUUCAUGAAUGGCCAGCAAAGAGCAAAGCAUAACACUGCUCCAAUAAGAGUUCGGCGGGCACAAGUCUCAUCAAAGAACCCUUGGCUUUCUUUAACUAAUAUACCAAGCAGAGCCCCCAGGGACGUUCGUGAAAUUUGGGGCUCCAGGAUUACAAGACCGAACCUGCAGAUUUAUUCUCCGUCAUCGGUACAAAUAUCAAGAAGGAAAAAGAUUCCCUUUGACGCGUUGAACGACUGUGAGAUUCGAUUAAUGGAAGGGCUGGAACGGAAGCUAGUUUGGAAUGUCGAUGAGACCACUCCAGGAAUCAAGUCAUAUCAAUUUUCUCUGCUGCCUAAUCACUGGCUCAACCGAGCUACCUGGCUCGUUACCGAUCCCGUUUCAAGAGUUUCCCAACAUGACCGAAGAAUGCGAGGAGAUCCUCGAUGGAAUGUCCCCUAUCCAGAACCGAUUCUGGGUCCUACUCCAAAGUAUCAAGUUGCCGAACGGAAACGAGCACAUACUCCUCGUAUAUCCUCAUGGCGUGCGGCUGUCAAUCGACAGCGGAGGGUGUCCGGUAUUCGGUGUGUUCUCCGCACUGUGGAGCUGUAUGAGGAUUCGGCCGAAGAGCCCCCAGACGGAAAAACCGACCCAUCUUCUUGGAUCUUGCGGAAACCUCCCCAGGGCUUUGAAAUGUCGACAAAGCAAAAGAAUGCUUGGUAUGAAGGAGGCGCGGGAUGGCAAGAGACGCUUGAUGACUGGCAGCAAGUGCGUCGAGGCUAUCGUCUGAAUAAAUUUCUUCAUGAAGGGCAUGUGAAUCGAAAUCGAGUGAAGGAAGUCGUAGCAAAUAUCAAUAGAUAUUGCCGUACUCCCUCGUUUAAGUCCGGGCCUAGGGAGGCCGGCCAAGCAUCCCAUUCACCUUUGCCAUCUGUUGAUAUACAUUCGCCUAUGAUUUGA